GAGAGCUAGAAAUGAAGGCAGCCAUGGUAUUAGGAAUAAUAAUGUUGACGACGUCAAUACUAAUUAUUCUCUCAUCAGCACAAGAAGAUCUCCCUGGAGAGUGCUGGAAGAAUAUCGGAGCUUGCCGGAAUGACGUCACAACACAGUCGUCGGAUUUCCUGAAAGAGUGUUGUCCGGUCAUCGUGAAAGAACUAAACACUAACACUAUGUGCUUCUGCGGUGCUAAGAAAAUUCUUGCACAAAAUUCAUCCCUAGCCAAUCACGUCUCUCAGCUUCUCACAAUUUGUAACAUUGGCGCAACAUUUGACACAAUUUGCCCUAGUACUGUAGCUCCCAGCCUCGCACCAGGUCCGAUGAAGCAAUCUUUAGGUGAACCGUCAAGCAAUACUCCGGUUAUAAUGAUGAAGCCGCCUCCUUCUCCUGGUUCAGCCGAUAGACUUACUGCAACUAACACAGAUAAAAUAGAGACCAAUGAAUCUCAACCCGGUGUUGUUAACAAGAUUGCUAUGGGUGGAUCACUUUCUAGCCUACUUGUUCUGUUGACGUAUAUCUUGUUUUAGUGGAUGGAUGAUGGAUCUACAUGCAUAUUGUAUACAAUAUUCUUGGAUUUCACCAUGUAAAUUUGUAAAGUGUGAUGAUUUUUUUUGUCGAUCUUUGUUUUUGGUUUCUUGUGAUGAUUAUGUAUAUAUGUAAAACUUUAAUGGAAAGACAAAGACACACACAAAAUUGAUUGUAUAACCUCGUCCCUUUUCCUCCAAAGAAGUAAAA